GCAGAUAAAUUGUCACGCUGCGACAGUUUGGAUAUUAUGUGAUCAACUUGUAAACAAAUUUUCUCAAGGAAUGUAUAAAAUUCACAAUUUGGAUCCACCAAAUUAUAUAACACGUAAUGUUUGUAAUGCAGACCCAAAAGAACAACAUGACAAGGUGCACUUUAUUCAAAUUGAAUAAGAAACUUGUAUUGUGGUCUUUGUUAUUUGCAGUCCUAACACUUCACCUCGUAACUACAAAAUUGUUCGGAUGCCAGAUUGCGUUUUUUGGAUACAAAAAAGAAAUUGGAACUUUUACAACUACUGACUUCAAGUAUUAUAAAAAAUAUAUGAACUUUACCAGCAUCGAAUUCGGUAAAUCUCUGGUUUAUUUGCCAAAGUCUACAGUAGAAAUAAUAAACAAUACAUCAGCUACAUUUACUACUGGUGAUAUAAUAACACUUAAAAUAAUUCUCCACAAUGAAAAAGGUGACGUUUUAACUGGUGGUGGUGAAUUUAUAAACAUUUGGAUGUCUGAGAAAGGGAAAGGCGCAGGUUCAGCGGGGUAUGUAGUAGAUCAUGGUAAUGGUACAUAUAUGGGAGUGAUAAAAGCAUUAUGGAGCGGAUCUCCGAAUAUCACAAUAAAAUUGGCCUUUCCGAAAGAAUCCAUUGGACUAUUUGUAAACCAUAUACAUAGGAAUGGAAUGUUGCGGCCUAUAUUUGGAUUUUUUAAGAAUGCUCGUGGUGAAACUGGUAAAGGUAUAUGUGGGAUUCACACACUGACAAACCAUGAUCUCUGUGACUUUACAUCAUUUAAUUAUGGAAUGCGAUGGUUUUGUUCAUUACCAUAUACACCCGGGUUUACAUGUACCGACUGGUUUAGAAUAGAAGGAGAUACGGAAGCAGAUGACCGUAACAAUAUCACAUCGAAACUGUCCGAGACACAGAAGCUCCUCUUAAGUUCUACCAGUAAUAAAAUCAUCAAGGAUAUUAAAGUCGAUGUAUACGGUGAUAAAACCAUAUGUCCGCCAAAGUUUUUAUGCAGAGAAGUAAACCCUUCAGUCACAUGGAACAGUUCGUCCCCGAUGGGAUACUUUUAUAAUAGAACAUGGCAUAAUCUUUUAUGCCUAAACAAAGUUGAACACAGUAAUAAGUGUAUAUCUUGUCUUAAAAACAGAGAGAUUUAUAUGGUUGGAGAUUCUACACAGCGACAAUGGUUUGUGGAACUAACUGAGAUUUUAAAUCUUUCAUACUCUGUCAAACCGACUAUACGUAAUCUACGAGGUUAUCAUCGAACAAUCAACGCUUUCAGUACGAAUAAGAGGGACAACAUUACUGUAAAAUGGGCUCCGCAUGAGUUCCCAUUUUUCACUUAUUCACCUAAUAUGACAAUAGAAGUAUUUAAACCUGCAAGAUUUCACCUCAAGGUCAUACGUUCUAAAAACCCGAUCGUUGUUCUGCACUGGUAUAUACAUAUGGGCUUUGUUCCAGUAUCAGUUUAUGAAGAUCAUGUAAGGAACGCUAAAGAUGCCAUUAUUGAACUAUUGGAUCGUGUGCCUAGCGCUAAGAUAUUCAUUAAAGGUCCACACAAAAUUAAGAAUGAUGAAGUUGUUCCAUAUGAUUUGGUCAGAUAUUUGCAUGAUAAAUUGUUAUUCCAGAUUUUUGACGAUAUCAAACAUAAAGUUGUUUAUUUAAAUCAAUGGGAUAUCACAGUUGCUUCUGAAAAUGAUGAAAUGCAUCCAACCAAGGAUAUAGUCUUUCAAAUGGUACAUGAACUGUUUUCCUAUAUUUGUUAACUGAUAAACUAAUCUCCAAUAUGCUAUAUGAAAUUAAACAAUUGUAUCUAAUUAAUAAAAUAAAAAUGUUACCCUGGC